GAGUCGACUCCUUCGCAAACGACACAUGAUUCUAAAGAACAGACAAGAUGGCGGACAGGCUAACGCAGCUCCAGGACGCAGUCAACUCUUUGGCUGAUCAGUUCUGUAAUGCCAUCGGAGUGCUGCAGCAGUGUGCCCCGCCCGCUUCCUUCAGCAACAUCCAGACCGUCAUUAACAAAGAUCAGCCGUCGAACCCCACGGAAGAAUAUGCGCAGCUUUUCGCUGCCCUGAUCGCAAGAACAGCUAAAGAUGUCGAUGUCUUGAUUGACUCUUUGCCCAGUGAAGAAUCCACAGCUGCUCUACAGGCCGCCAGUCUGAGGCAACUGGAGGAGGAGAACCAUGAAGCAGCAGCUCGGCUGGAAGAGGUGGUGUACAGAGGAGACUUACUGCUGGAGAAGAUACAGAGCGCGCUGGCUGAUAUUGCGCAAUCCCAACUACGCACACGCAGUGGUACAUCCAGCCAACCCGUAGCCCCUGAACCCUGACUUCCAGCAUUAAACUAUGGACAGUAUCUUCUCUCCACAACAGGGACUUCUCUAGUUCGUGCUCCUUGAGAUCAGCCUGUACAGUUUGUCACCGAUGCUGAGAGUCGUAUCACUUUCUGGAGCUUUUUGCGUUCUGGCGUUUUAUGCUCAAAUGUUCUGAUGUUGUCCCUGUGUUGCAACUAUGACAUGGAUUAAUAUGAAUGUCAAUUUUGAAUAGUCCGAGGUGUUAAUGUUCACUGAAUAUUCACUGUAAAGUUGUUUUUGUUUUGCCAAGACUCUGGAAGUUUUCCUUUAUGUAACAGUGUGCGUGAGGAUUUUGUAUCGUGUUCUAAAAUGAAACGAUGGUCAUGUAUCAAUAACCAUUUAAGUGCAUGUUUUUGUUUGCAUUAAAUUUGUCAUUCAUUUAAAAAAA